AUGGCCGGUUCCAGCAUCAAAGUGUCUAAGACCAAUGCCAUCACCACAGAUUUAGAGGCUCCAGCCAGUGUGCGGGCCUCCAAAGCGACUGCCUCCAAAGUGUGGGAGUCUCUUGCGAAGAAGGCCAAGAAGACACUCACUGUAGGUAACAAAGCCACGAAGAAGUCUUCGACCAAGGCUGCUCCUGGAUCAAAGCGCAAGCCGCAGUCUGACGAGGAGGAUGUACCCACUAAGAAAGCAAAGUGUACCAGUAUCUUCUCAAAAGCCUCCCUUGCAUCCUUGAAAAGAGGUCGUCGCACGGUUCCCAACCUGACCAACUCUGAGAGCGAAAGCGACUUGCCUUCUCGUGUCUCCACUUGCACUCCUUUGACCAAAAAGGGAAAGGCCAAGGCUCUACCUGAAGAUGAUUCCAGUGCUGGUUCAUCAGAUGAGUUUGAGCCAUCCGAUGAGUCGGACGAAGACGAAGACGAUGAGGACCACGACAAAGAUGACGACAACAAAGGUGGUGAGGUCGUUCUCGACGACGCUGCGGCACGGCUCAACCGAAAACAGAGCCGCAAGGCUGCCAAGGAGAAAGCCAUCAAAAAGGCCAUUAUUGCGGGCACAUUUGACGUGAGGUGGCCCGAAGACAAGGAGAACAUCCCACCUGCUGAGUCGGCAGUCCGAUCACACUGCCUCAGUACCACCAGCAUGCUGUCCAUCGAGGUCGUGACCAAUCUCGAGGACGACAAUGAGCCCCUUGUCGCCUCUGCAGCUCCACCCCUGCCUCUGCCUCCUCUACCUCCUUCGUCAGUCCCAAUUGGUUCCACUAAGUUCCCACCAUGCCAGGCGUAG